GUUCUUCUUCUUCCCGCUGCAUCCCGACAGCCCCCCCAAGCUUGCCGACCUGCAUGCUUGAAAAAUUGGAAGCUUCCGGAUCUGCCUUGCUCUGCUCCUCACCGCCGGCUGCUCCUGCUUUGUGGGGGCGAAUUUCUCUGAUUUUGGACCCGUGAGCUUCCCUGCACUUGCUGCCGACUUCUUCUCCCUGCAGCUCCGGUUCCUUGCUUGCAAAUUCUGGUUUCCGAUCGUUCUAUCAGUUAGCACUGAGAUUGAGUGCUCGGUUUUAUGCGAGUGAGGUAAGUAAAUUUAUGGUAAUGUCCGUACUGUUUUUAAAAGCAUGUUUGAUUUGUUUUUGAAGUGGUGACAGGACUAAACCCGUUUUACACAAGUAUGAUUGAUUUGAAGUGAAGUGUUUUAUGCUUUUCAUUAAAUUGAGCAUGCCUACUUGAAAUUUAAUUGAUUGUCCUGAUGAUUUGAAAGUAAUUGGUGAAUUAUGAUUUCUCUGUUAACUUCAGCCUGUUUUGUCUCUGAUGUGGUCAUGUUAUUAGUGACUCUACUAGUGGGGAUUAUACGCUAGCACAUGUCGGCAUGUUAGUGAUAGAGCCGGUUCGUACACAUGUCGACAUGUU